AUGUCUGGCGAAGUGGACUGCACGCCGGGUGCUCACGUGAAUCCGAACAUCUUUCAGCUCGAGAAGAAACCAAAGAAUGUGUUAUGUCACGAAAUUGGCGCCGGCUCGUUGUGCUUGAAGUGCGAUUGUCCUGGCCUGGAUUUGCACUACUGGAGGAAGAUGUGCAAGGUGUGCUCGUGCCGCAUGGACGAUCACGACCUGAUUCUGCCAAAGAAUAUGGAUCAUGGCCAGAUUGUCAUAGGUCGUUUGUUCGAUUUCAUCCCGGAAUUUGAAAGUAAGCUGCGACUGCGUGCUCCAUCCCCGCCAGCAUUACCCGCAACAAAAGCCGGCUGCUCGUCAAAUCGUGAGAAAAUCAAUCCGGGAUCGAUGUACAACGUAAAGUUGGAGGAUAGCACCGAGAGAAACAAGCUUUGCGAAUACACUUGGGUUCCAACCACUGAUAAAGUACUGGCCGAGAAGUACUUCAACGCUUUGCCGAAGAACGAACGUCCCAUCGUGGACACAGAGGGUGCGCUGGAUCGUCGACAUAAGCUGCAGUAUCAGUUACCGAAUCACGAUUCUGAUCCAUCCGCUGCGAAAUCACUGAAGACAGAGUUGGACCGGGAGGAGCAUGCAAAGUAUGUGGCAGUCGUUAAGCGCAAGGUUUGUUUGUUCUUGCUUUGCCCGUGCUGA